AUGACUGCCAACACCUUCAAGUCGGUAGGGCCAGAGCUCGCCGCUGUCCUGCCAUCAAAUGACAAGCCAUGGUACAAGAAGCGGAACCUGAUCUUCCUCAACUUCUGCAUCGUCAACCUCUUCAUGCUCUCCUCGGGCAAUGGAUAUGACGGUUCGAUGCUGAACGGCCUGUUGGCCCUCCCGCACUGGCAGGAGUUCACGAAUCAUCCCACCGGGGCCUGGCUUGGCUUCAUCAGCGGCGCGCAGAACCUCGGCUCCAUCGUCUUCUUCCCCUUUGUCGCGUGGUGCUCCAACCGCUUCGGCCGCAAGCCCACCAUCUUCGUUGGCUACUUCUGGCUCUGCCUCGGGGUCGGCCUGCAGACGGGCGCCUUCAACGUUCCCAUGUUUGUCCUAUCUCGCGUCAUCGUUGGCGUCGCGAGCGCCUUCUUUGGCGGAUGCGUGCCCCUGCUGAUGACCGAGACGGCGUACCCUACUCACCGCGGCGUCCUCACGAGUCUCUACAUGUGUGGCUGGUAUGUCGGCUCUUUCCUGGCCGCCUGGUCAACCUUUGGCACCCGCAACUACGACAACUCCUGGUCAUGGCGCAUCCCAUCCCUCCUCCAAGUGCUCAUCCCCGUCAUCGUGCUCCCCGGACUUAUUGUCAUGCCCGAAUCGCCCCGCUACUUGGUCUCCAAGCAACGAGAUCAAGAGGCCAAAGACUUCCUCAUCAAGUACCACGCAGAGGGCGAUGAGACAUCCCUCCUGGCCGCCUUUGAGCUCGCCGAGAUCACGCGAAGCAUCGAGAUGGAGCGAGAGUUCCAGAAGAGCAGCUCGUACCGCGACAUGGUUGCCACGCCCGCCAACCGCAAGAGAACCAUGAUCACCGUGUUCCUCGGCAUCUUCAACCAGUGGGCGGGUCAGAACAUUGCUAGCUACUACUUGCCCCCCGUCCUGACUUCGCUUGGCAUCACCACCGUCACGAAGCAGACUCUGAUCAAUGGGUUCCUGCAAAUCUGGAACCUUAUUUGCGCCCUGACCGGUGCGUUCAACGUCGACCGCGUCGGGCGCCGCCCCCUCUUCCUGGCGGCUACCCUUGGCAUGCUCAUCUCGUACAUCCUGAUCACCGCGCUCUCGGCCACAUUCGCCAAGGGCGGGUCGGCGGCCGUCGGCACGGCCGUUGUGCCCUUCCUCUUCCUGAUGUACGGGUGCUUCUCCCUGGCCUUCACCCCGCUGGUCGUCGCCUACCCGGUCGAGAUCUGGCCCUACAACCUGCGGGCGCGCGGCCUCUCGACCAUGUGGAUCUCGACCGCCACCGCCGUCUUCUUCAACAUCUUCAUCAACCCGAUCGCCCUCGACUCCAUCGCGUGGAAGUACUAUCUGCUGUACGUCUUCAUCCUCUCCGGCGGCUUCCUCUUCAUCUACUUCACCUUCCCCGAGACCCGCGGGCACAGCCUGGAGGAGAUGGCCCGUGUCUUUGAGGGAGACGAGGCGGCGGUGCCGAAGGAGGGUAUUAUCGCGGACAAGAUCACCGCGUCGGGGGCUACCCAUCAGGUGGAGGAGACGGGCCAGCAGCAGAACAAGAUCGAAUCCGCCUGA